AGUUGGUGAGAAUCUGGGGAAAAGAAGGGGAAACGGCGAUGCAGUUUCUCCAUUUUUCUUAUGCCUUUGGAGGUGUGAUUUCUCCGUUAAUAACUAUGCCCUUCCUGACACCAGUUCAAGAAGAAGACAGUCAAAGUAUAGAGACAAACACAUCCUCAUCAAUAUCAACCACUUCAAAUGGAACUAGCAACAGCACUGGUCCUGCACUACCACUGACUACUACCGUGCACUAUGCCUUCCUCAUAUCUGGCAUCCUGAUAUUUUUAGCAUGUGUUCCUCUUAUUGUGCAGUGGUUUACAGAUAGAUCAGAAAAGAGAAGACAAAGUAGAGAAGAUGAGAAGGCAGUGAAACAACCAUUACCUUCUGCUUUAUUUAUAUUUGUUUUGCUGACACUUUGUUUCAUGUAUUUUGUGUACACUUCCAUAGAGGACACUUUCACAGCUUUCUUGUCCACCUUUGUAGUAAAGCAUUUGUUGUGGAGUAAAGCCCUGGGAGCAGAGAUUACUUCCGUUUUUUGGGCUUCCUUUGCUUUCGCACGAUUUCUUGCUAUUUUUGUUGUGCAUUACAUUUCAGCUGUCAGACUCAUAUUUAUCUGUAGCACAUUGAUGGUACUUUCACAGUUUGGGUUCCUGUUGUCAUCUCAGUUUCAUUUUACAAUAGGAGUGUGGUGUUGCACUGUCUUUGUUGGGAUUUCCAUGUCCUCUAUCUUUCCAACAGGGUUUAUGUGGAUGGAAGAAGACUUUGUCAGAGUGACAGGCAGUGUAGCAUGCUUUAUCAUUAUUGCCUCCUCCUCAGGCACUAUGGUGAGUCCAAUAGCUCUUGGUUACCUUAUGCAGCACUUGACACCAAUGUCGUUUUCAUACCUUCUUUCAGCUGAGUCUGUUUUGUUUUGGUGUGUUUUAUUUUUCCUGUUUUGUCUAAGUCGGCUGUAUAUCCGCAAGCAUUAUGCUAUGUCUAUAGCUACUGUACAAGAAGUAGUUGCUCCCACAAUCAAAAUGUAUGGAAAUACUGCUCAGAACACACCAGAUAUUUGAGUUAUUAAAGGAUGAUUUUUAUUAGUUCAUAUCAAUUAUUAAAGAAUAAUUAUUUUAAACUUAAAUGAUAAUUUUUAGUUUUAGCUGUACAGUACUGAGAAUAUUAAACAUUUUUUUUCAAACUACUGUUCAGUUAAUUGUUAUUUGUGCCAUUUAUAGUUAUUUGCAUUUUCUUUUGAUUUUAAAGAAGAGAUCCAGGCACUUAGGAAUUCCAUCAAGACUUGUCAAAAAGAAUGUGUCAAUGAUGUUUUUUUGGGGUUUUUUUUUUGGUCUUUUCCCUAAGACAGUAUUAUUAGGGAAAUGAUAAAUUAUUGUAAAUUUGCUUUAGUCAGUGCAUUAAGUUUAUAGCAUGGUGAUUGGUUCUUUUUUUCCUUAUAAUAUGACAUUGCUUCUAGUCAGCGACAACUAUUCAAGUGCCAAGAAUUGCUGCAGAAUUUACUUUUUCACUGCUUUAGAUUUUAAAUUAAUCUACACCGAGCCUAACCAGACUGAAUUCUUAUAUAGAAGAAAGAAGUCCUAAUGCAGAAAUAAUAUUUUCUUAACAGAAGUAACUCUGCAUCUAGUGUUCAAAUCUUGUUACUCCAGAGCUUAUAAUCAGCCGAAGUGCUAAAGAAAAGAUUAGUAAGUUUAUAUGCAUCAUUAACAG